AUGUCGGCUCUCAUUGUAAUAUCUCUGUCAUCCAGUAAUCUAUACGGCAACAUUCCGUCAGAGAUAGGCAAGUUAUCAAGAUUAGAGUUUUUUCAAGUCUCAGGAAACAAUUUGUCAGGAACUAUUCCGGCUCAACUUUUUAACAUUUCGUCGAUAUAUCUUUUUGCUGCGGCCGACAAUCAACUUCAUGGAUCCAUUCCAUCCAACCUUGGAAAUACUCUUCCUAAUCUUCGAACGCUUGCUUUAGGUGGGAAUGUGUUUUCUGGCUCACUACCAAGUUCCAUAUCUAAUGUUUCUAGAUUGUCUCAGCUUGAUUUCUCUCGCAAUCGAUUCACUGGAGACGUACCGCCUAACUUGGGAUCAUUGCAAGAUCUUGUUAGACUAAGUUUAGGCGAGAAUCAGCUCGGAACUGGUGAAGCAGAUGACUUGAUUUUUUUCACUUCAUUGUCAAACUGUAGUCACUUAGAAGUACUUGCACUAACUGGUAAUAAUUUAAGUGGGCAACUGCCUGAUUCAAUAGCCAGCCUCUCAACCAAGCUUACCAAAUUGUACAUGGGAGGAAACCGCGUAUUCGGAAAAAUAGCGCCAGGAAUUGAAAACCUUGUCAGCUUGAACGGAUUAGCCAUGGAGAACAACUUGCUUACUGGCAGUAUUCCUGUUUUCAUUGGAAAGCUUCCAAAUCUUGUGAUUGCAGCAAUGUCAGGAAAUCAACUCUCUGGGCAGAUGCCAUCAAACAUUUGCAACAGUACUCGACUAGAAGAAAUCUAUUGUGACAGAAAUAGAUUGCAAGAUCAAAUUCCACCAAAUCUUGGCAACUGUCCUAAACUACGGGCGUCUUAUUCAUUUUCCUUUGGAGAAAACAAGCGAGAAAGACUAGAUAUUGCCAUUGAUGUUGCAUCUGCAUUAGAUUAUCUUCAUCACCAUUGCCAAAGACCAAUUGUGCAUCGUGAUCUUAAGCCAAGCAACAUUUUGCUUGACAAUAAUAUGAAUGGUCAUGUUAGCGAUUUUGGACAUGCAAAGUUUCUUGGUGGAGUGGCUAUCAGUGUUGAAUCUGAAUAUCAUACGACUAGUACUUCAGUUGGGAUAAGGGGCGCGGUCGGGUAUGCUGCACCAGAGUAUGGAAUGGGCAGGGAGGUUUCAACAAAUGGAGAUGUCUACAGCUACGGGAUCCUGUUGCUGGAGAUGUUUACAGGAAGGCGACCGACAGAUGACAUGUUCAAGGAUGGGUCAAGUCUUCAUACCUUUGCUAAGACGUCUCUUCUGACCAAUCAAGUGAUGCAGAUUAUUGAUCCUGACAUACUUCUUGUCCCUCUCCAUCUACAAGGUAAUGAUGAUAGCAACAACGACGACUACAACAAAGAAGAAGAAUUAAUUAGUGGUGAGAUGGCGACCAGGGUUGUAGGCGAUGGAAAUUUGGCUGUGGAUCUUUCACAAACAACUAAUGUGCAAAAAAAAGAGAUGAUUAAGAGGUGCAUUUCAUCUGUCACAUUUAACAAUCAGCACCAUUUAUAA